AUGUUUAUUGGAGGAAGCAUUAAGUAUAUAGCGCGAACGCGUGCUCUCUAUCUUAAUAGCUUCGGUACACUCCGCGGUUCCUUGCUCCCACCUGCUGAUGCUGGGCCGAACUAUGCCGAGAUCAUGGAAGAAUGCAUUGCUCGGGAGGAUGCUAAUAUCCAACCUUUGAUAGCAUCGUUGCCGAUGGCCCGACAUCAUUCCCCCCGUGUGAGAUCGGAAGGUGAGAAAAUUUUGGACGAGAGAACAGUGAUAAAAGAGGCCUUCUCUUACUACGAAAUGUUCAAAGGCCUCCUUGUGGAUCUCAUCUUCAGCUUCGAUGAACGCGAAAAUAGCAUGGGAUUCUUCAGCAGCAUAACAGCAAAGGAUGCUUUUCCGGUCAUCGAGGCUGAGCUGAACUUCUUCUAUGAUCAUCUUUAUACCAAGGCUGCCAUUGUUCACUGUCCAUCAGGUUACAUUUACCGAGCUAUCUCAGUUGGCUGCAUUGUUGCUGCUUUUGCGAGUUUCCAUGUCCUGAACAAGCAUGGUUUCCACGAACAUGAUGUGCAGAUUACAUACGCCUUGCUCCUUGGAGCUAUUUGCGUGGAAGUUGCGAUCCUUGGUAUGCUCGUUUUCCUUGACUGGACAAUCGCAAAAAUGGGGACAUCUGAGCAACAUCCUGGAAAUUCGCUUCAAGGAAGCAUCUUCGUCGAGUUCCUCCUCAAAUUCAAGUCUGAAGGUUCACCACUUGCAUUGAAUAGACUUAGUGAUAGAUGGUCUAAAUCUGUCUCCCAGUACAAUUUGAUAGACUCUCGACUGAGAAGGUGGCCAAAAUGGAUUGAGAAACUGAUAAAUGCUCGGUUGAGAAAGUGGCCAAAAUUGAUUGAGGAAAUCCUUGGUCUCAUCCCUCUGGGAGAAUUUCUUGAUGACUUGAAGUCUCGACGAGUGGAAAAAUACAGCGAAAAGUUGGGUGAUCUGAUCUGA